GUUCAGCGAUUUGUGGAUGAUGUUACUCGCCAUCUAAAGUUACUAGAACCACACAAAUUUCACCGGAAGUUAAUCGUCGAUGAGGGCGUGCAUGUAGACGGACGGAAGUUGCGGGAGUUUCGAAAGACCUUACUGCGUCGAGGAGUGAUUUCUUCAGCAGACGGGUCGGCGCUGGUUCGCCAUGGUGGUACGUCAAUUAUGUGUGGCGUAAAGGCGGAACUAGCGGAACCAAGUCUGAUGGAACCCAAACGGGGAAGAGUGUCGAUCAGUUUUGGGUCGAGCAUCAAUUUGAGCGAUUACGAAACUGCACAACUGGAAGAAGCGACCGAAAUCUUGCUGAACUUGGCCGAUAGAUGCGUUCUAGACUCGCGACAGUUGUGCGUUGAACCCGGCAAGGUGUGCUGGGUGCUGUAUUGCGACCUAUUGCUAAUGGACUGCUCUGGAGCCGUUCUGGACAUCGCCCUGACCGCGCUGAUGUCGGCGCUUGGCAAUACGUCAUUGCCCCAGGUGCGACCCCGGGACGAAGAGCUUCACUCCCGUCUGGUGUCGUCCACGUUCUUGCUGUGCGAAAAUAAUCUGAUCGUAUGUGACCCGACCCAGGAAGAAAGUGAACUGGUUGACGGUUCGCUGCUGUCCAUUGUGGUAGGCGACGGUGGCCAACUGUGUGGGCUUUACAAAUUCGGUGGCGCCUUCACGGCUACUGAGUCGGUCCUUUCCGAAUGCAUCGGCAUCGCCUGCAAACGGCAGCAGAAGCUUGUUAUAGCCGAUUCAUGA